CAGACUGAAUACAAAGGGAGAUAAAUUAACAUGAAAUGAUUCGUACAGCACCCUGGGAUUUCAUCCAUUGAAGAGGGAGAAGACAGGAAGAGGUUGCUCUCAAUAUUUCCACCGCUGCUGCUACUGUCCACAUUUUCUGGGCUGCUUCAUGAUGGUGAGGCUAGCAGUACAGAGCAAUCCUGAAGAAUGAAGAAAAAUUGCGUGCUUUAUUGACACAAUGAAGGGAUAUAAUGGGAGUCGGAGCCAGUCACAACAUUCUUCCGCACACACAUGCCAUUGUAUGCCUGAGGAUAGCGAUCACUCCCAUGAUUACCUACAUCACAGCCAGGACCCGAGGCAGUCCUACUUGCUCAGUCCCACCGAAUCCUGCUCGAUGGACCAUCACUACUGCGUGUCGAGAGGCACCAUGCCCGCUGAAUGUGUCGCAGCGCAGGUUAGCAUGAAUGAACAGAUGUCGUCCAGCAGCACCUUUCCGAGGAUGCACCACAACCCGCAGUAUGAAUCUUGUGAUGACUGCAUGGCUGCCACCCACACGGCCAGCAAGAUCAACCGGCUGCCCGCCAACCUGCUGGACCAGUUUGAGAAGCAGUUGCCCCUCCACCACGACGGGUUCCACACACUGCAGUACCAACGGGCAAGCUCGGCAGAGCAGCGGAGCGAGAGUCCCAGCCGCAUCCGCCACCUGGUCCAUUCCGUGCAGAAGCUUUUCGCCAAGUCCCAUUCCCUGGAAGCCCCCUCGAAAGGAAACAUAAAUGGGACGAAGGGAGAGGGAAGAGGCGGUGACAGCUACCACCCCCAUCACCACCAACACCAUCAACACCAUCAACACCACCAGUCGCGAUCAGCAAAAAGGAGUAAAAGCAAGGAACGCAAAUCGGAGUCCAAGCACAGAGCCAAGAUCACUGGCUGGUGGAGUUCAGAUGACAACCUCGACAGCGACAGCAGUUAUAUGGUAACUGCCGGCUCCAGUAGGCACUCUAUGGAUCAGUCCACCCAGUACUGUACAGAACCCAUUGAAAGUGCCUUCAGAGAUUUGACCAUGAAGAGCUUAAAAAGCAGCAGUGAAGGGAAAUGUUUAGCUUGUGCGGCCAUGCCAAUGCUGGCUGAUUCACAGCACACAAAACGUGGUGCAUGGUCUACCAUGACAGUAAGCCAAGCCCGGGAGGCCUAUCCCAGCUCGGGCCUGAACCAAGACAAACCAAUGCUACAGGAUAUCAAGGCACAAGAAAGAGCUUAUCAUUAUCUUCAGGUGCCCCAGGAUGAAUGGGGCAGCGGGUAUCCAGGAGUGAACAAGGACGGGGAGAUUCCUUGCCGGCGUAUGCGCAGUGGCAGCUACAUCAAAGCAAUGGGGGAUGACGAAAGUGGAGACUCAGAUGCCAGCCCAAAGAUGUCACCAAAGGGAGCUGCACAGCACGAGAACUAUCUGAAAUCAAUCGCUGCGGGAAGCGGGAGUGAGAGGGGUCGCUCAAAGUUCAGCUGCAAACACUGUUCCGAUCCAUAUAUAUGUAGCCAUUCCCAUCUGCGAGGACAAACAGCAAUGAACUACAGCCUGGAUAACCUGCACCGGUCUAGUCUCCGCACUCCCUCCAAACUUCAAGCCAGGAGUCAGGGCUACGGUCGAAUGCUCAACGCCAACAAUCAGAUGGACGACGCUGAUUUGAACAGGCAGUUCGAAGUGGUGUGUGAGUCAGUCUUUGGUGAAAUGGAAUCCCAGGCUGUGGAGGCUCUGGACCUGCCUGGCUGCUUUCGCAUGCGAAGCCACAGCUAUCUACGUGCCAUUCAAGCUGGUUGCUCACAGGACGAUGACUGCUUGUCUGUAUUUUCCAUGUCAGCACCCAUGAUGCCUACUUCAACUGUCAGUGCUAUUAAACCCAGUACAUGUAAAGGAGAGAUCAGUAGGAACUGGCGGGUGUAUGGAAGUUUCGAGAUAGAUCUUCCUGUUACCAGAAAGCCAAGGCUGAGAGCAUUUACUUAUAAGAAAGCUCCUCCAAUUCCUCCACGAAUGGCUACAAAACCAACUAUUUCAGUGACAGCCCAGAGCAGCACAGAGUCAACCCAAGAUGCAUACUUGCAGAACGAGGUGAACCGGCCCACUUCCUGGUCAAAAGACAUUAAAUCCCAGUGCAAUUCAACAGACAGUCUUGACAGUACCAAAGCACUGAAUUUGGCCUUGGAAUCCUUUGCCCCAAGUCGUUCUUCAAUGAAGAGCUCUGAGGGAACUGGAAUUAGUAAAGGCAUCCUGAGUCGUGAUGAACCAAAGUUACAGCCGCGCCAAAGGAAGUGGCGUUCAUCUGUAGGGAUACAGGUGGAUAGUUCAGAGACUAUGACUGAUUCUGACACAGAGAGUAAAGGCCUUCGAGAAUUCCAUUCUAUUGGGGUACAGGUUGAAGAUAAUAAACGACAUGCCAGAUUUAAACGAUCAAACAGUGUGACAACAAGUGUGCAGGCUGACCUGGAACUCGAAGGCAUCCCGGGGGGGUGCGUGAGCACAGAGGACAAGGGCUUCCAGUUCAGCCAGCCGUUUGUGCGGCAUUCCUCAGAGCCAGAGCAGUCCAAUGAGUACACGUCGUUCAGAACUGUUCACACACAGGGACAGUGGGCGUACAGGGAUGAUUACCGGAUGCGCUAUGAGAGUGCUGACGCCCAGCGCCAGGACCACUGGGGAGAAUCCAGUGUUCACAACCACCCAGAACCCGGCAGAGUGUCUCCGUGCCACAGAGAUGGCGACUGGUUUAUCAAGUUGCUGCAGGCAGAGGUAGAACGAUUGGAGGGUUGGUGUCAGCAGAUGGAGAGAGAAGCUGAGGACAAUGACCUACCUGAAGAGGUGCUUGAAAAGAUCCGCAGUGCAGUGGGCAGCGCUCAACUUCUUAUGUCACAGAAGUUCCAGCAGUUUUACCGACUUUGCCAGCAGAACAUGGAUCCGAAUGCUUUCCCUUUGCCUACCUCCCAGGACUUGGCAGGAUUCUGGGAUCUCUUGCAACUGUCCGUUGAGGACGUGACUUUGAAGUUUGAUGAGUUGUUACAGAUAAAGGCCAAUAAUUGGAAAUUGCUGGAGGCUUCAGAUAGAAAGGAUGAAAUGAAGAUGCCCCCUCCUAUACCAAAGAAACCACCGAAGGGAAGGUUAUCCCAGGCACGGGAAAAGUCAUUGGAACUUGCAGACAGACAGAGGCAAGAAGCGAGGAAACGGCUCAUGGCUGCUAAAAGAGCAGCUUCGUAUCGACAAAACUCUGCCACAGAGAGCGCAGAUAGCAUUGAAAUCUACAUCCCCGAGGCUCAAACCAGGCUUUGAAGUCACACCACGCCGUUUGGCAGGAGCCUGUCUUUAACUUCAACUUCACUUCUCAUGUUCGAGGGAAGAUGAAACCAGACUAUGGGCAUAAUUUGAAUCCUGCUGUCUAGUCUCAGUUCUAGCAAGCAUUAACAUUCCUCUUGUGUUCCUUUAUGUUGUCACGGUGGACCAAUUAUAUUUUCUUCAGUUUUUAAUUGAAGCUGCAGUCGAACAUAUUUUGUGCAUAUGUUCUUUAUAACGCAUCUGACCAUCAGUCACACCGAGGAAGCAUAAUGUGGUAAACAUCCCACAUUCAUUCUUAUUUUUCAACUUUUGUUUCACUAGGAAACUGUUUCACCAGGACUAAGGACUAAACACCAGACCUGUGACACAGUGAAAUGUUCAUCAUUCACUUUCACUGUAAUUAACUUUCUAUAAUGCUCCUUGCCAGUGAUGUAUUCUUAACGUGUUACAUUUCACAGAGGCAUUGUGACUGUAGCUGAAUUUGUCUUAGGAAUUCGUUUUUUUUUUAGAAGAUGUCAGAUUUACACACAAAUCUGUGAGAAUCCAAAAACCAAAAUCCGAAUUUCCAUAGGAAAUGGUUGGGGAAAAAGCUGAGCUCAGUUGCUACUCGACUCAGUUAUCCCUGGCUGUCCAUAAAAGUUUUCUUUUGGAGAUUGUGGUGGGAUGAUGGAUUGAAAACCAUCCCUUUGCUUCUGGGACCUGAGUCUGAAUCCAGCGCAAACCCCCUAUCGGAAAACAACGUGACUUUGGUGGCAAAAGACACGUGAGCGAAUCAUAGAGUUACCAAACAUAAGCAGCUCAUCUCUGUCUCUCUGUUCAUGGCCGCAAGAGGAAAGCUGAACCUAGUUCUCAGUAAGCAUGAGUCCACAGCACAAAACCUUGCCCAUACCCUGCCGCUCACUCCUGCUGAAUGAGUAGGCUGAGCUGGCGUGAGAAGGGCUAUAAUGCCAGGCCAAGGGCUGGCCCUUCAAUGGGUCCAAUUUCUCAUGUUGCUAGGACAACGUAGAGGAAGGUUUGCUGUCUGUCUGCCUGUGGGUAUAUUUGACCUGGGAGAGAUUGAUUCUGACAGUGGGUAGGAACAAAGAGGGAACACGUACCUCUUCAACACUGUUAGGCCUCACUUGAGCACAAUAUUGUAUUAAAAUAAAUGUGGAUUUUUAAAAUAUUAUCAUCCCCAAAUUUUAUGAUUAAGAUCAGAUUUACCCUGGGCAUCAGCACUUGAGAGUAAGGAAUGCAGAGAAAGUCGAGAUAAUGAGAAGAGCAUACUAAAAUGGGGGGAAAAGAAUAUACCAAAAGCUACAAUGGAAAUGAUGAUGCAGAGAGAAGGGGUUGGAAGCUUCAGCCAAUAUGUCCAGGUUGCUGCUGUGACAAUUUAUUCAUGGCGACCUGGAAAGUGUGAAAUGGUUGUAUUUGCAUGUUAAGGUAAUGCCGGGAUGCAUAGACUGAGAAAAGUGUGUAAUAUGCAGUAGGCUGUAUAGUGGCAAAAAUUAUUUGGGCUAAAUCUCAAAGAGAAUGAAUGCGCGUUGUUUUGAAAUUCCAUAAUAUCAAGUGGCAUAUGAUAUUAAACAGCAUGAUAAGCAGGGUCACUAAAUGCAAUGUAAACACAAUUCCUGUGAAGAUAGUCAUGGGAGGAGCAGCCAGCAGAAGGAUUGCAGAGGUCCUUGUUGCCGAGACUGCUGCAGUUUUGAAACGGUAAUAUUCCACAUGCUGAUUAUCACUGGGCAACUAUUCUUACUGAUGGAACUGAUUUAUAUCAAAAUCUUUCAGUGGACGGUUCAAUCCUUGUCUGUAUGGGAAGCCUUCAGCUAAUUCUUCUACUCUGACUUUUAUAUCUGUACAUGGAAGCCGACAAAUGACUCGAGGCGAGUGUGAUGACAACUGGCUUCUAUAUAUAAAGAUUUCUGCUGGUA